AUGCCAAAUGUACUUGCAGCUUGUAGCGUAACUACUGUAAUUGUUGCCCAAUUUUGGACGAGUAUCAUUGGCAACGCUUUAUUGAAAAACAUAUCUCAAUCUCGUAAUCUACUUAUUACAACAGAAUAUUUUAUCGAUCAAAAAAAAUAUUUUUAUUUAAUCGUGUUGCAUACAUAUGCAGCUUUUAGCAUAGGAAGUAUCGUGAUGAUAGCAAUAGGAGCGAUGCUCAUAGCAUAUUUGCAACAUGUUUGUGGAAUGUUUAGCAUCUCAAGUUAUCGUAUUGAACGCGUAAUGAGAAUAAAUAUGCUUCAAAAUAAUAAUACAUUAAAGAACGAAAAUUUGAUAUUUAAAGAAAUAAUAUAUGCCAUUGAUAUUCAUCGACAAGCUAUGAAAUUAUCUAAACUGAUGGUAUCUAAAUUUGAGACAAUGUUAUUCUGCUUAAUAACAGUUGGAGUAAUCUGUUUGAGCCUCAACCUCUUCCGAAUUUUUCAGAUUGAUACAUCUGAGGAUAACGUCAAUGAGUUUCUAUUUCCUCUUAUAUUCGUAAUAUUCAGUAUUUUAUACAUGUUUAUUGCCAAUUAUCUGGGGCAAGAUAUUAUGGAUCACAAUAAUUACAUAUUCGUUACUGCGUACAACGUUCAAUGGUAUACAGCUCCCUUACACAUACAAAGUAUUAUACUCUUUUUAUUACAAAGAGGUGCCAAAAAUUUUACUUUGGAUGUCGGUGGAUUGUUCAUUGGAUCAUUAGAAUGUUUUGCAACGCUGGUGAAGGCUUCGGUGUCAUACUUUACUGUUAUAUAUUCUACACGAUAA